ACAGUGGUUUAUUUACAAAACGUCAUUUCUGAGUGAUGGUUGCAUCUCAGCUGUUUGUUUUUUUUUUCUCUCGGUGUUUUUGUUUAACUAUUACUAAAUAAAUACAAGAUUUAUCCUUAUCAAUAUACGCUUUGUUUGUAUUCGAUAAGAAAUUAGUAGCUAGUUUGAAUGCAAAACCAACAAACUUUACUUUAAUCAACUAAAAAAUAUAUGGAAAAAGUUAGUAAAUGCCAUAAGAUCAGUUUAGAAAGUGAUUGUAAUGUUAUGUGUUUGCUAGACCGUCGAAAAUAUUCCGCAGCGUAAUUGAAACAUUUCAUUUAUUUUGAGAAAGUAUUUAAACCAACACGAUUAUUAGCCAUGUCAUUCCUACGGGGUUCGACGAAUUAUGUUUGGUGUACGACAUCGGUUCUGGGCAAAGGAGCAACCGGAGCUGUUUUUCAGGGAGUAAACAAACACAAUGGAGAACCAGUUGCUGUUAAAACGUUUAAUCAAAUGUCCCAUAUGCGGCCAGUCGAUGUGCAAAUGCGCGAAUUUGAAGUACUGCAAAAGGUGAAUCAUGAGAAUAUUGUGAAAUUACUUGCCAUUGAAGAUGACCAAGAGGGACGUGGAAAAGUUAUCGUCAUGGAGUUAUGUACGGGCGGAAGUUUAUUCAAUAUACUGGAUGACCCUGAAAACACGUAUGGAUUGUCAGCGCAUGAAUUUCGUCUCGUUCUGGAGCAUUUGUCAGCGGGCAUGAAACACUUACGAGACAAUCGAUUGGUUCAUCGUGAUUUAAAACCGGGGAAUAUUAUGAAAUUCAUUUCGGAAGAUGGUAAAACGAUAUACAAACUAACCGAUUUUGGAGCUGCACGUGAAUUAGAGGAUAAUCAACCGUUUGUGUCUCUUUACGGCACCGAAGAAUAUUUGCAUCCGGAUUUGUAUGAAAGAGCGGUACUACGUAAAAGUAUUUCGAAAACAUUCACAGCAAACAUCGAUUUAUGGUCAAUUGGAGUGACGCUGUAUCAUGUGGCCACGGGAAAUUUACCAUUUCGACCGUUUGGAGGUCGUAAAAACAAGGAAACCAUGCACUUGAUUACAACGAAAAAAACGUCUGGUGUUAUUUCUGGCACACAGACAUCGGAGAAUGGGCAAAUUGAAUGGUCGCGUCAGUUGCCGACGCAUUGUCAACUCAGUACUGGUCUGAAAGAAUUGGUAACUCCAUUGUUAGCCGGGUUAUUGGAGGAAAAUCAACAACGUAUGUGGUCAUUUGAUCGAUUUUUCAAAGAAGUCACAAUCAUUCUCAGCAAAAAGGUGUUGCAUGUCUUCUACAUGAAUCGUUCGUCAUCGAUUGAGAUUUAUAUGAACGAAGAUGAGCCACUCUUCAAUAUAAAAGAGCACAUCAAAUUACAAACAGAUGUUCAGCCAGAAAGUCAAAUACUUAUACUGAACAGUCAAGAUAUGGAGGAGAAAGUGGGAUCGAAUACAUUCGUUAAGGGUUUCCCACCAACCACCGAAUUAAGUCCAAUUUUCCUGUAUUCGAUCGAUAACAACAACGUAACCAUUCCGGCCGAAUUGGAUUUACCCAAGUUCCCAACAUUUCCGAAUGCCGUGUCUGUGGAGAACGAUGCCAGUUUAUCGAAAAUGGGUUGCAGUGUUGGUCAUGAAUCCAAGCGACGCAUCGAAAUGUACUCACGCAUGGAUCAGCUAAUGAAAUCCAGCGUUGAACAAUUUAUCGACGUUCUGCGUAGUACUAUUACACAGCUGCUCCAGAAAACCCAACAUUUGGAUGAACUUUCAGGCACAGUUUCGGAAUAUGCUGAUGCUGUUAACACAUUAACGUUGAAUACUGAUUGCAACGAGGAUAUGGCUGGCAUAAUGGAUAAGUUGAGAAGUCUUAAGCAUAAUAUUUCUGGAGUAACUGAGCCAACGCAACAGAUUUACAAUAAGUUUGUCGUUGAAGAAUUGCUCAAUUCCGAGUGGAAGACUGCAAUACGUGAUAAGAACUGUCCAUGCAAAACGAAUGCAGCUGCUCGUGCAAAGCAUUUAAUUGAACGAUUGCGGGAUUCCUGGCAGCAUUUACUUCGAGACCGAGCAACACGGUCGUUAACAUACAACGAUGAGCAAUUCCAUGCACUUGAGAAAAUCAAAAUUGCCGAAACGGGUAAGCGUAUGAAAUUGUUGCUGGUUGAAGAUGUGAAACCAGUUGUGGCUCAAAUCGCCGAAUGUCUGGCUGAUUGGUAUAAACGGGCACAAACCAUCUACCUCAAGACGCAAAUUUUGGCAAAAGAUGUGAUUACUUGUGAUGAUGCCUUAUAUUCGAUUCGCGAACAGAUUUUUAGCAAAAAGGAAGAGGUCAAAAUCAAUGAUGUGACUCGGAAAAAUGAAGUGAUCACCCCAUUAGAACCGUCCAUUUUCACUCGGGACAUUCAAAAUAAUAUUCGGGUGAGAGACACUGAACAACAAAUGCACCUACCAACAUGGAAUUGUCAUUGCUAUUUGAGGUUAACAAAAUCGUAUGAUUUUCUUUUACAGACGAUGGCAUUGUGCCAAAAAGAAAUUUUUGAUCUCAUGCGAUCGAAUGCUCAACUCGUUGAAUCAAUCCAAAAUCAAUCGUUGGGCAAAGAUGAUUCAAAUUCGAUUGAUCACAGCCGACUAUAAAGAGAAAACAGCAAUCACAUUUUGACUAUUGAAACAUAUAUAUGUAAUGUCAUUUUUUAUUAUUUAUCAUAUCAUCAUCUUUUUAUGUUCUAGAUGAUCUAAAUCUAUCCUUCCAUAGAUUUUAUGAUUGUAUUUGAUAGAUUUAACGAGAGAAUGUUUUACACAUUGGAAUUUAUAGAAAUAAAAGAGAAUACAUAUACGAGAACCAAA